GGGUUAUAAUGGAUCAAUAAACACAACCACUCUGCUAUAAACCACUUAUGAUUAGCAAUGGCUCAGUCGAUUUCGCCAAAAUAUUUUAAUUAAAUGAAAUCCAUUAAGUUUCGCAUAACGGAAUAUAAUUUCAAGUGGUGAUGGCUUUAACUGAUAUCAUCUAUCUAUUUAUCUUAACUUGAUUCAUGGAGCGUUCAAAUUACCAGCCAGAUGAGGCUCCACAGUUACAGCAGUCGAAUGUGGGAGGGGGUGCUAGUUCCAACAACGUCAAUUCAAAAUUAACAAACUCCAACAACAGCGGUGAAUGCAUUGCUAGUGCCAGCAGUAACACCAAUUCUAUCACUACAAUAGAUGAUAGUGAAAGGAGGGGUGCUUUAGAUGCUGACAAUGAUAAUGAUAACACAGUCAGUGAAGAACUGUCCAGAUAUAGCUCACCGUCUCAAUCUCAGAGCUCCUCGUGCACAAGCAUCACUAACCCAUUUUAUGAUGGUCCACAAAAUAUUAAUGAAAGUGUUAGAAAUUUUAGCACUAGUAAUAGAGUCAAUGUCAACGAACCAAAAGAAAUAGCCCAAAGAGUGGGCCAGAGACUUUCACUGAGUUCACAUCGAAAGAGAAGUUCGGUGGAAGUUAAUUCUGGAGCUGGUUCUAGUAACGUUCAGGGUCAAGGCGCUAGAGGUAACUUACAAUCAAAUCAUGUGGAAGAAAAAAUUCAGCAAAGAGUCAUCAUAGUUUGGGACUUAGGUUAUUUGGUAACCUGUCAUGGCUUUCUUCAAUUCCUGCAAAUGGUAGGUAUCAUUGUUAGCUUAGUAGUUUCUUUUGGCCUCUUCUUUGCUUUUUCAACUGUUAGUGGAGCAUGCACUAUUAACAAUAUAUUUCCCCACUGUCUGGUCUCUUGCAAUUUUUAAAACUGUUUCCAACUCUUUGGAAUUUAAGCUCACCCAUGACCAUGUCAAAUUGUCAGACUGGUCUACCUCUAUACUCUAUACACCUGGUCUGCUCCAUCCUCUUGAUCCCUAUGGGGUCCAUACUAGUUCUUGCCUAGUUAGUCUUGGCAUCUGUUGUUUAUUUAGGUAUGACCCAUUCAUUUCUACCUCAUUUUUGAAUUUCACCCCAUCUGGAAAUUCUGAUCCCAAUUCUCUCCGGGUUGUGUUUUGGAUUUUGUUGAACCAUUUACUAUUUAGGAUUCUUUCAGGCAGCUGUUUGCAGUAUUCUCUAAUGUCUUUUUGUUGAUCACUAACUUUCUGAGCCAUACAACAGAAAAAGGUUUAACAAUCUUGUUCAAGUAUAUUGACAAAAUGGAUACAAUUUGCCCUGAGUUCCAUAUAACUGAAGUCCUUUGGCCUUCUCAGGAAGACCUCAGUGCUUCCAUCCUUUCUAGCUAUACUACUUGGAUAAGUAAAAUUAUCUACCUUUUCUAGUGAUUUUACUCUUAUCACUGCCAUGUCUUUGCUGUUACGAUUUAUUCUCAUUAAUUUUCUUUUCAUUGUUUGCUAGUCCAAUUUGUCCAGAAAUGUUUUAUCUUUUAUUUGUGUUUGGCUUUGACAUAAUAUGGCUAUGUCAACUGCAAAGUCUGACUUAGGGUUGCCCUAUGAGGCUAAAAACCAAAACCGUAAAGACAAUGUUUAAGGACAUAUUGCUCAAGUUGCUUGAAAAUUAUCAAUUGUUCCCUCUCUUCCAUGGAAAAAUAAACUGGAAGAAAUUUAAUUCCAUUCCUGUGGUGCUGCAGAAACUUACUAGUAACAAUAUUUAAUAACAUUAACGAUAGCUCUACUUUGUGAUUAGUUUCUGAAAACCUGAAUGAAACAAUAUGUAAGGAUCAUCUGCCAUCUUGGUUGCCGUGAUCUGCGAACUUAUGUCCUAAAUAUAUCCCUAAACCUAACCUGAACCCUAAAUCUAUCCCUAAAUCUAACCUGAACCCUUAGCUUAUCCCUAACCUAGGUUUUGACCCUAUCAGAACCAGGGUUUUGACCCUAUCGGAACCACGGACACAAUACGCAAAUGACGUCAGGAUGCUAUCUCUCCAAAUUAGCCCAAUCAUGUAAUGAAACUAUUAGAGUAGUUCUUUUAGGGUGCCAGUUCAUUAGGGAUUCAAAACCCACCUCUAACCUAAAUGCAGCGAGUUAAAUAAAUACUCCUCAAGUGUAUUAUUUUAUCAUUUUAUAAAGAGAGAAAUGUAAUGAUAUCCAAAUUAGUAGACUUAAAAGUAAUUAGUUUUAAAAUGUCUGUAGAGCAGGGCUUUUUCACUUUUUUUGCAGCACAGCACCUCUCUUGAUUUCAAUACAUUUUCUGUACCCCCCAUUCGGCUUCAUGACAUAUCUCACACAUCCCUAAGGGUCAAAUUUGCAUAUAGUUUUUAUUAAUAAUUCUGAUUUUCCGGGUCUUUCAGCACCCUCUAACACUGCCUCCCACAUCCUCAGGGGGUGCAGACACCCCUGGUUAAGGAUCUCUGCCAUAGAGUAUAUUUUAGCUAGAAAGUAUACUAAGAUAAUGUUAAAUUAAUUAACUAUAGAUUUGUCCAUAGUCCUUUCACUGCAUAAGCUCAUUUUGUCCUCCAAGGUCAUGACCACAGCUGCACUUGUGUGUCUGGUCAGUGCUGGUGGUCAAGAAGGUGGACUCCUCAACCUGCCUCUUAGCUGGCAUUUUCGCAUUAUGCUUUUUGUUCUGAUACUUACACUUCUAGUUACAGUAGCACUUCUCUUUGGCAAUCUGACUUCACUGAUUUCAAUAUUUGGAUUUGAGUGGACAUUUUUCGUAAGUAUUUUUUAUUCAUAAAAGCUUUUGUUGCAAAUUGAUUUAUUCAUAGCCCUUACAUUAUAUACUUCAUGACGGACUAUGUUUUUCUAAAUCAUCAAUGGAAUUACUUUCUCUUUAGAAAAUAUUAUGACAGAAAUGUUUGACCAAUAUUGUUUAGAAAUCAGUUAAAAGUAACCUGCCAAGGUGUAUAAUCACAGAAAGUAGAUUGAAAAAAAAGCCCUCUACUAGUCUAAGGCUAGAGUGUUAUGUCAUUUUAAAUAUAUAAUCUUAAAAUCGAAUUAUUAAAUUUUAGCCUAAAAAUCUUUUAGCCUCUUAUAAUAAAUAAGUAGAUGAAUGUACAAUUGCGUUUUAAUAAACCAUUUGUUUAUUUACAGGAUAUGAUCGUCUACUCCUUGUUUGCCUUCCUGUAUCUUGUUGGAUCUUCCCUUGUUGCCAGUGCUUUCGACUUUUACGAAAAGAUGAAAACAGAUGUUACUAAAGAUACAAUAAAUCAGCUUGUCACAUCAGUGGUGGGUCAUUAGCAUCAGAGAAAUACAUUUCAAAAUGUUUUUGACAUUUAUUAAUUCAAUAUUUAUGUCAGAUAAUAAUAAAAAAUAUAUACAGAACAUAGUAUUCUUAUUAUGAUAAAAAUAGCCUUAUGCAGGAAGUUCUGAUUUACUACCUGAUAAACUUUUGACCUGGAGGAAUGACAUACAUGGGAUCUCCAUACUAGUUAUAAUACCACUAUAUUUAUAUAUACAUUAAUAGCUGGUGUUUCAACCCAUGAUCAACCAAUUGGUACUGUCUUAAAUCAAGGGCUGCCUUCAGCCAUGGUGCAUCCUUUGAUACAGUUUUUAAAAAAAUUUGUUCAUAACUUGUCAACCCACCAACUGCAUUAACACUUUAUAUAUAUCCAUAUAGUUCAUAGAAUAUAAAAUCCCUUCUAUCCACAUGUCGUCACACCCCCCCCCCCCCCCCAAUGGUCAAACAUAAGGUUAUAAGAAAGUAAACUCACUGACUUUGUUAAGUCCAAUGAUAUGGAUUUCACUUUGUUGAUUUAAAUCAGGGGUCUCAAACUCAAAUCAUUCGGGGGCCGCAGGAGGUAGAGUCUGAGUGAGACUGGGCCGCACCAAGUAUUCCACAAAAAAGCGAUUACAGAUUCCAUAAAGUACAAGCUUUAUUAAUAACAAAUAAAAACAUUAAGGGUUCUUAAGAACUAGGCUUCACUUUCUUCCUCCAACUCCUUGUUGCCCAUUUGACUUGAAUAAGGAAGCAACUGAGACCCUCAGCAUAUCUUAAAAAUGCUCAUCGGUAAGUUUGGCCCUGAAUUUUGACUUGUUAAAGUUCAUAGCGGAAAAGAGAUUUUUACACAGCUAGGUACUCCCAAAAAGGCACAUGAUCCGCUGAGCAACGAAAUCUCAGGGAAGGUGGAAGGCAAUGCUCUCAUAAAUUGUCCAUGCUUUUCUGUUUCUCCAUUCACCCCCCUGACUUAGUCUUGAGUACAGAAUUGCUCUGUCGAUCAAUUAGCUCCAUUUAAAGCGCAAAUGGGGUGGGGGCAUCUUCCACAUUGAAGGAGAAAUGGUCAUCAAAAAGUUGAAAAGUGACCCUGUCUGUUUUGAAGUCUAAAAAUAUGUGAUCAAAUUCUUCUUGUAGCUUUGCAAUGGCAGCAGUUUACUUACUACUGAAUGGUGUGCCCGAGUCCUUGAAUACUUUGCAUGUUGGGAAAUGGCAGAGGUUUCUCUGAGAACCUUAACACAAGUUUUGUGCAGAAUGCCCUGACAUUGUCAUUGGCAACACUGACAAGCUGCCCCUGGUCUUGUAACUUCUUUUUGAGUAAAUCAUCAGCCCCUGUGUAAUGUCAACAAGAAAAACUAAGUCCAUGAGCCAUUCAGGAUCACUUAAUACAGGAACAGCCACCCCAUCCUUCUCCAUCAAGGCUUUGAAGACUGAAAGGAAAAUCAAACAGUAGGCAGGAGCAGGCAAUAUUUAUGAAUUAUUGAUGUGAAGGAAGAUGCUAUUGUAGUUGUAGGGAGAAUGAAUUUUGAUUUUUUUUAUUGUAUAAAAGGCCUAUCCCUAUUUUGAAAGUGAAAUGAGUAAAACAGAGUAGGGUUAAACCUGAAAAAAUAAACGCAACAAAACAGCGAACGUGUCGGCAGAAAGCCUUCGCCAGCGAACAAAACAACAGAAAAAACGUUAUAAAAAUAAGAAAUAGCACUUAGCUGGUAAGUAGUAUCUGUGGGCAACACUUCUAUUGCUGCCCACAGAUACUACUUACCAGCUAAGUGCUAUUUCUUAUUUAAUGUUUUUUCUGUUGUUUUGUUCGCUGACGAAGGCUUUCUGCCGACACGUUCGCUGUUUUGUUGCGUUUAUUUUUUCAGGUUUAACCCUACUCUGUUUUACUCAUUUUAUUUUGUACUAACCUGAUUAAUGUUUUUUCUGUUGUUUUGUUCGCUGACGAAGGCUUUCUGCCGACACGUUCGCUGUUUUGUUGCGUUUAUUUUUUCAGGUUUAACCCUACUCUGUUUUACUCAUUUUAUUUUGUACUAACCUGAUUGCAGUCUCUCCCCUUAUUACCCCUAUUUUGAAAGUGACUAGGCUGACAGGCUCGGAAUUUCGCUCACGUGUAAACACUAGCAGCAAUUUUAAUAGGGAUUCAGACUGCUACGAUUUACAAAAUUGUGGUUGUGCAUUACCCACUAAAUGACUUUUUAAAAUUUUUCUCAAAACCCCACUUUGGCCAUGUUUGUCUCAUAAAAUGCUAUAAGAUAAAAACUUUUAGUCUGAUUUUAAAAUUUGUUGUAUUAUUAUAAUCAACAUCCAAACCUAUACAAACAUAAUAAAAUGAGAAUUAGACUAGUCUGUGAGAUUCGGCUAAAACCGUCGCGGAGGUUCACAUCAUAGAUAGAAUGGGGAAAACGCGGGGGGCCACUUUAACACUAAACUUUGCUGUCAUGUAGCAGGCCGCAAAAUAUCGUCUUGCGGGCCGCGAGUUUGAGACCCCUGAUUUAAAUACUUGAGUCUGAAUUGCUACAUCUGGCAAAAUUAACAGAUGAAUUACUAAUUACUUCUAAAUUGUUAUCAAAUUUAUCAUUCGUCCAAUAUUGUCCAUUGAGUAAUGUAAAAACUAAAAUGUUGAUAACAAUCAGACUUUUAUACAAGCUAUUUAUAAGUAAAAAUUAUAGUUUUUUUCCAUUUAGGCAGGAAGUAAACAAGUUAGAUUUCAUGCCCAUAAAAAGGGAGAGUAUUCAUGAAUUUGUCUUGUUCCUAAUUUAUAUUGUCCUUUGGAUGUGUUAGGAAAAGUAAAAAAAACUUUUUAUGAAUGCAGUACUAGUAAAAAUGUUACAUGUAAAUGUAAAGGAAUACUAAGGACAUUGUUACUAUUUGAUCUGUUAUUUUUUUUCCCCAGAUUCUAGGCUAUAUAUGUAUGUUGCUAAAUGGACUCACAGCAUUUAUGAGUUACAGAAAGUGGAAAAUUCAGUACAGACUCUAUCAACGCAGAAAACUCAUUGAAGAGGAUGAAAUCGACCUUUAGGUUGAGGACUUACCCACACUGCCUGUUCUAUAUCUGUGUUUCAAAAAGCACACUGUAAUUGUGAGUUAGAAUUUUACUGAUUUUUACAUGGAUAUUUGGGGAUUUUUUCUUGAGUUGAUUUCAGCCUUGACUUAACUCCUUUUAUUUUUGUGUGGCUAGAAGAGCUAGAGUCUAUAAAAUUAAAUAUUUGGAUAAACCUAAAUACUUUAUUUAAAUUUACAUUAAAUUUAUUAAAAAUGAAAAAAAAGAAAUGGAUUAUUUUACUUUGCCUUAAAAAAAAAAUAACAUCAUAGUUCAAAGGUUUAAAAAAUUUGACAAUUUACAGCAAGAUUUAAACAUUUAUUUGUUCAUGAAUUAAUGGCGUUGUAUUACUUUUAUUUUGUUUGAGCAGAAAGAAACGGUGGGCGAUUCAUUGUCAAAUGGCCAUUGCCCAUCUCUACUUGAUAUU